AUGAUUUAAUUUCAUUAAAUAAAAUGUAAAAAAUAUUCUGAGUUUGCUAUUACUAUUUUUCUAACGUUAUUUGAGUAUUGCAAUUUGUUAUUAAAGAUAAGUUUAAUCAAAUUAUAAUUACAUAAGCGCAGGGUCUAUAAUAUUAAGCUUAUCUAAUCCAGAGCAGGAAAUAGAUGUUAAAUUGGAGAGUAAGUUUUUAAACUCUAAAGAAAAUAUUGGGUAGGGUUCAUGGGUGAAAUAUUAGCCAUUCAUUCCAAUUUCAGAUAAAAGUAUUGGUAUAAUUAUUUAUAGGUGUCAUCAGGUUAUUCAGGAAAAGGUUAAAUAUCAUCACGAUAGUUGAUAUAUUUACUAGAAUAAAAAGAAAAAAAAAUCAAUUUCUUAACUUUUUCUAUUUCUAUUUCUAAUUAAACAUAAACAAUUACUCAUUUUGUAUUUUAUUCAUUUAAAAAAAUCAACAGUUACUUUAGUAUUUUUUAAUAUGAAAAAUAUAAAGGUAAAUAAAUAUUAUUUUAUUUCUAUUUUAAUCUACCAUCAGAAUCAACCAUGAUUGGAUUUUAUUAACUGGAAUAGAAAAUAACAACAAAAAUGUAGAUAGUAAAUGACAUACCUGCUCUAGUCAAAGAAAUUAUGCAUUAAAUAGGAGGGAAAUAUAAGAAAAUAAAUUAAUUGGGAGAGGAGUUAAGAUUAACUUAGUUUAUCGGAAGAUUGUCCACAGUAUUCAGUUAAGGGUCAGGAAAUAUAUUUUAAGAUUUGAGUCAGUUUUAGUGGAUUGUUCUAUUGAAUUUGAGUGUUUAAGGAAUUACUUAUAUAUUAUCAAGUAGUAAUUAAGUAUUUUUGGGAUUGAAUUAUUCAUUUGGUAUUACAAGUAUAUUUGAAUAUCCAAUAUAUGUAAUAAAAGGAUGGUUAAAAUUAUAACUAUUUGAGAAAUCACCUCUUGAUACUGUGACUUUUAGAGUUUACAAUAAAUCAAGACUAUUAAGAUGA